AAUUGUCGCUCAAACCGCCAUCAUGUCGACAGUCGGAAGAACGCUGACCAACCUGCGAAAGGUUGGAAUCAAGGACUACUUUAAGCAGAUGCUGUACAUCGGUGACACCAAGGCUGGUGUUCUCAUCGGUACCGAUCGCGCCGGAAACAAGUAUUUCGAGAACAAUGAGGAACUUCCCCUCCGAACACGCUGGGUCGAGUACGCCGUGCACGAUUACGACGCUGCCCAUAUCGAGCCCGGAUGGCACGCCUGGAUGAGCUAUUCCGUCGACAAGCCCCCUACCCAGGAUCCCUUGUUAAAUGCCGGUACACGAGCUUUCGAGCCUUCUCGCGCCAUUCCCAACUUUACCCAGACCAAGGGCGCCUUCAAGACCUACAACACCGCAAAGCCCAAGAUGGCGACGUGGCAGCCUGUUGCUGCACCUCGGGAAUAAGGAUGAGAUGCGGUUAAGUGUACAUAAAUUCACGUAGGGAGCAGUUCGGCACAACCAAUAUGGUAUUGAAUUCAAACGAAAUUCUACAAAUUGUAUGGCUUGCUCAUACAGUUGGUGAAUCA